AUGUGGAAAAUCAUUUCAUCGUGUUUGCUAUUAGCUGUGCACGCGGCUGGUGAUGUAUGUCCUCUCCCGGGACCACUGUACCCUGCACCGACGGCCGCCGCAGGUAGUACCACGUUGGACAAAGCCUCAAGCGAGUUCAUCACCGCGCUAAAAAGUGUGAUGCAUCCGGACUAUUAUUCUUCACAGGAACCAGCGAUCGAUCCGGACCUAGUGUCGUUUACCGUCCAGGUAUAUAGUUCGCACGAAUCCCGACCGCUCUUCGAAUACUACCACACUGCGACUUCGGCGAGGAAUAACACAAUUGGCGCGAACAGUGUCGACGAGGACACUGUUUUUCGAAUUGCAAGCUGCUCGAAACUUUGGACCGUCCUUCUCCUCUUGAUCGAAACGGGCGACGCGUCCUUUCAUGAGCCUGUCGUGAAGUACAUACCGGAGCUGCGAGACGCAAUUGCCGAGCAGGGCAAUAACACACAAUUCCUCAACGAAGUCGAUCAGGUUCUCUGGGAGGAGGUGACAAUUGGAGAGCUCGCCAGCCAGCUGUCCGGAAUUGGAAGACAAUAUGGUAUUGGCGACCUCGCCGGGUCUGCUCCUCUGAUGGUUCCUCUUGGUUUUCCUGAAAUCUCUGAAUCAGAAGCGCCUCAGUGUGCUGUAGGUCCGGCUUGCACAAGAUCUGAAUUCAUCUCCGGGAUACUCAACAGGCCCCCAAUUGUCCCUACCUCCUCGAGUCCCGCAUACUCCAAUGACGCUUACCAGUUACUGGCGUAUGCCUUGGAGACGAUCACGGGCAGGACAUACCAAGACCUAAUAGAACGCCGUUUGAUCGAGCCGAUGGGGCUUUCUCAUUCGUCGGUCAGUAAGCCAGACGACCAGGUGGGAAUUAUUCCGGGCUUCCCUAACAUGACACUCUGGGAUGUGGAUAUUGGUGACGUGACUCCGUAA